AUGGACGAACUCUCCUUUGCCCUCGCAAUCGAGCUGCAACUACGUGAUGUCGAAGAGGCACUCUCCACCCGCAAAGGCAAAGGCCGUCUUGGUGACGCAGUCAGCUCCAGCGACGAGGUCGCAUUCAAUGACUACCGCGAGCACCUCCUCUCCACCGCUCGCAUACUCGCCGACGAGCGGCUUGCAGAGAGCCUUGAUCGGGCUGUCAGGAGUGACGGAGGACUUCUUGAGGAGCUAAUGAAGCUUGAGCUGGGGGACGAGGGGAGUCGGGAGCUAGCGAUGCAAUUGUCGGAGGAGGCGGUGAUGGUGGUGCCCGAGGAGAAGAGUAGGAAUGAUAUGUGGAGGAGUAUGGCUGUUGUAGAAAUAGGGCAUUGCGACAUCGGUUAUGUAUGGAAUUACUCAUGUAUAAGGGAUGACUCAUAG